AUGGCUUAUCAAGGACAUAUUAUUUCCAGUCAGCCUGAAGUUAGUACCAUCACUGCUUCAAGCCAGUCAAGUAAAUGGAGCUCUGGAGUUUUCGACUGCUGCGAGGACAUGUCUAUCUGUUUGUUUGGUACAUUUGUGCCUUGCAUUUUAGCGUGUCAAGUAGCUGAGAAGCUUGACGAGUGUUGCUGUCUACCGUAUCUUCCUGGGACUCUACUUGCAAUGCGUACAUCCAUAAGAGAGAGAUAUCACAUUCCGGGCACUAUAUGUGACGACUGGUUAAUGAUAUACUGUUGUGGGUACUGCGCCCUCUGUCAGAUGGCACGGGAGAUGGACAUGCGAAAGUGAAGAAAUAGCUGUAAUGCACCCUUACCAUCAUUUCACAAGUACAAUAACUGAAAAGGCAGUUAUUUACCAAUAGUAUCACCGUGUGCACAGAAAUAUAUGUUAUAUAUUGGCAUACAGAUGCAUAUGUAUUUUUUAGCCAAAACAUUAAUAUUUUAAAAUGUACUUUGUGAUAGAAACUGUUAGAAUUUUCUUGCUGAGCAUAAUCUUUAUGAGAUGUGAUUUUGUUAUCUGCAGUAUAAAGGCACAGAGACACACACACACACACACACACACACACACACACACACACACACACGCAAUAAGUGUACAAUAGUACUUGUUUAAUAAAUCUAGCAAUAAUGGUCACUUGUGAAAUUAAAAAAAAAGUGAGAAGAUGUAGCUACGAGCAAAUCCUGUUUAGCAUCAGUGGAAAUCAAUAACUGUUGUCAUGUUUGUGGAUUGCAAGAUGAUGACUCUCUUCAGAGGAAUCUGGAAGCCAUACCAUUGAUAAAGCACCCAAUACGAGUUCCACACAUCUUUUUCAGUCACAAAUCUUUAUCAAGCUCCACAAUGAAAAUCAUGUCACCGUGUGGUCCUUUCCAUUUUAUACAUCAACUACGUCAAACAACUUUUUUCUCCAAUUUUCCAGAACUGCCCGGGUUUAAUUAGAACUAUAUAUACCAUUGUAUGGUGAAUGGGAUCUAUAUGGCAGUAUCGAAUGGACUAAAUAGCGAAUGCUAUUUAGUCGAUCCGAUACAGUUGAAAUGGCAAUAUAGUGAAGUCACGGAACAUCAAUUUUUUUUCCAGGGAAAAAAUUUGGUGGGCCGUCUUCAGGACUUUGCCAUUUUCUCUACUA